AUCUACCAGACAAGAACCACAAGAACAAGGGCAAAAACUACUGGAGAGUGGCCGAAAUGAGGAACCCAUCAUCAAAACCACAAGCAGCAGCAGCAGCAAAUAGUACAGGAGCUGGAGCUUCUUCAAACAAGACGAAGGUGGGUUUAAAGAGAGGUCCGUGGACACCCGAAGAAGACGAGCUAUUAAGCACUUACAUCAAGAGAGAAGGCGAAGGCCGGUGGAGGACUCUGCCUAAGAAGGCAGGUCUCCUCCGCUGCGGCAAGAGCUGCCGUCUCCGGUGGAUGAAUUACCUCCGUCCUUCCGUUAAGCGCGGCCACAUCGCCUGGGAUGAAGAAGAUCUCAUCCUCCGCCUUCAUCGCCUACUUGGCAACAGGUGGUCUUUGAUCGCUGGGAGAAUUCCAGGACGAACGGAUAAUGAAAUCAAGAACUACUGGAACACUCACCUGAGUAAGAAGUUGAUCAGCCAAGGAAUUGAUCCAAGAACUCACAAGCCUCUGGAACCUAAUUACUCCGACUCCAACAAUGAAAACAAAGCUUCAUCCUCCAAACUGCAUCACACAGUAGCUGAUCAUCCCAGUUCCAGUAGCUACGAGCCUUCUGCAGCAGUAGUCUCGAGAGAUGCAAGUACUAGCAACAUCCCUAUCGAUGGGAUUGAAUUUAAUUCUGACGAUCAGUACCAAAACCCUGAAACAGCAGCUGGAAAAGUUCACGUGAACAUGCAGAAUGCUGAUCAUGAAGGGGAUGUUACUUAUGGGAUGGAUUUGAGGAGCAGUCAUGAGGGAUUUAGCAAUGAAGACGAUGAUGAUACCAACUAUUGCACUGAUGAUAUUUUCUCAUCAUUCUUAAAUUCAUUAAUCAACGAGGAUGCUUUCAACAGCCCAAACCUACUUCAACAGCAGCAGCUGCAGCCCAAUAGCACGAGCACUGCUACAGAUUGUGAUGCUUUGAUAUCUUCCACAACUGCAUUCACAUUUGGUCCUGGAUGGGAUGCUCCGUCGGUGGCUUCCACCACUUCUUCUGAUCACAAUGAUCCCAAGCUCACGAAUGAAAAAGUUGAAAAGCAGUUCUGAAUUACAACAUAUAAAAAGUUUAUUAUACGGCUGAUAAGAUUUCUAGGGUUUUUGUCUUUCUAUUUUAUGUAUCAUGUAUAAGUGGUUGCAUCACUGCGUGUGAUGGAGGUUUGUUUCUUGUGGUCGAUAAUCAUCUUUUCCUGUUAUUGGUGUGGUGUGAUUGUGGUAUGCUGUAAUGCUGUGUGUGUUAAUUACAUAUAUUGCAAACAUUCACGACAUGUAUUAUAAGUACCUGAAUGUUAAUUUUCUUUUACUUGAU